AUGCGGAAGCUCAUCCAGCUGGCUGGCAUUCUUUCUUUUAUCUCCAGCAGAGUGCAAGGCUUUGUUGUUCCUCCACUAGCACCUGAGCGGCAAGUAGCUGAGACCCCUGCUACAAAUAUCUCUACGCAAACAAUUGAAGAAUCAAUAACAAUCGUCAAGCGAUCCCCUACAAUACCAUCUCCUGCGGUUGGGGAACUAGUUAGAGAAGUGCUCUUAGAUUGCAUCAAACAUGAUCCGGGCGACGGAGCAUUAGAAGACAUCUGUAAUGUGGAUUGUUACGCUCAUCUCUGUCUCGACCGACCAACCACCAUGAAAUACACACCAGGCAAAACGAAUAUAGACCCGAAUCGAAUUUUGAGCGGUUAUGGCGUCAGACCUUUCACUGGUGAUGAUGAAAAGAUGGCUGCAAGAGGGGUAGCACGUCUGGGGCCAGAACACCAGAGUGGAGAGGAAAUACCCUUCGCUUCCACAGCCCAGGGUGGUAGCGGCCAAGAAGGUACCACAGAUGAGCCCGUUGAUUUCACAACUCAAGCUCUUCUUGCUGGGGUCAGGGCAGAGGGGCAACCUAUUCAAGGAAGGGCACUGGCAGAAGCAUAUCGUGAAGCAACACCAUCGCCUGUUCAAAACAUGGGUGAUUGGUUUGAUAUCAAAUAUAAAUCAGAUUCUUAUUACUGCCUGGAAUUGGCCAAAUGGAGAAGUGGCCAGUUGACUGCUCAGCAACGCGAGGACAUAUGUAGAAAGAAGGAAGGAAAGGGAAAAGAAGAUCCUGUAUUUCGCGUCUUUGUCAAAACAACCAAGAAGGGACAAAGAAAUGCCAAAUUCGCACCUGCAGUUCGUGGGGAAGGAGUGUUUGAUUAUUUUAAACCUGUUUCUCGACGCGCUCAGACUGCAGAGAAAGAGGAAGAGAAAGAGGAGUGA